AAAGAGAGAGAGAGAGAGAGAGAAGAAAACAAGUCAAAAUCCAAAAAAAUAAAAGAAAAAAACUACUGGUCACUGAUUUGCCAACCCAGGAACAACUUUACAAGAACCUUACCCUCCUGUAACUGAAGCUUGUCCAUAAGAGAGAGAAAGAGUGAGAGAGAGAGAGAGAGAGCUCUACAAAGCUUUCACUUCAGAAAACAGAUUUCUCUAUUUGUUGUGGAGAUGUCUGGGGUUCUGCUUUGGGUGGUUUGCCCAAAAGAUAACAUAAGCUCUCUGCUCACUCUUUUGCCCAGAAACAAUGGCAUAUCAAAGAGGUCCAAAAUGUGUUGCUCUAAGCUAAGUUUUUCCACUGGGAUUUUUGCCUAUUCAGGUGCUGUGGCAAACCCAUCAAGAUCUUCGGAAGAGAAAGUCUACGAAGUGGUUCUGAAGCAAGCGGCUUUGGUUAGAGAACAGAAGGGGAACAGAGAUAAAGGUGCUUUGGACUUGAAUAAGCCUAAUAUUGAAACUGACGGUCUUACCAAUCGGGAUCUUUUGAAUGAAGCAUAUGAUCGUUGUGGCGAGGUCUGUGCUGAGUAUGCCAAGACAUUUUAUCUGGGCACAUUGCUCAUGACACCCGAACGAAGAAGAGCUAUUUGGGCCAUAUAUGUGUGGUGCAGAAGAACAGAUGAGCUGGUUGACGGACCUAAUGCUUCGCACAUCACACCAAAAGCUCUAGACAGAUGGGAGAAAAGAUUGUCUGAUCUUUUUGAAGGCCGUCCAUAUGAUAUGUAUGAUGCUGCUCUAUCUCAUACUGUCUCAAAGUAUCCAGUUGAUAUUCAGCCUUUCAGGGACAUGAUAGAAGGAAUGAGGUUAGACCUACGAAAAUCAAGAUACAUGAACUUUGAUGAACUAUACCUUUACUGCUACUAUGUUGCUGGGACUGUUGGCCUUAUGAGUGUUCCAGUUAUGGGGAUAUCUCCAGAAUCAAAGGCUUCAACAGAGAGUGUAUACAAUGCUGCAUUGGCUCUUGGGAUUGCUAAUCAGCUCACUAACAUACUCAGAGAUGUAGGAGAAGAUGCUAGGAGAGGAAGGAUAUAUCUCCCACAAGACGAGCUUGCACGAGCUGGCCUAUCAGAUGAUGACAUCUUCCGGGGAAAUGUAACCGAAAAGUGGAGGACUUUCAUGAAGGGUCAAAUAAAACGAGCAAGGAUGUUCUUUGAUGAGGCUGAGAAAGGUGUUGCAGAGCUGAAUGAAGCUAGUAGAUGGCCGGUAUGGGCAUCUUUGUUGCUAUAUAGGCAGAUAUUGGAUGCCAUUGAAGCAAAUGAUUAUGAUAAUUUCACAAAAAGGGCUUAUGUUGGAAAAGCUAAGAAGUUACUCUCACUUCCUGUGGCCUAUGGUAGAGCACUUAUGGCGUCCUCAAAACUUGCUGAGCCAGUAACAAGAUGAAAUUUGGUAGUUAAAAAGAAAAAUCUGCCAACGUGUAAAUUUUUCUGCUAAUAGAGAUUCAAGAAAGGUUAAAUCUAGUAGAGUCUUUUAUAAAAAUUUGUAAAUCUUAUAUAAAAUUUCAUUCAAUGAAAUUAUUUCCAACUUUCUCCCUCUA